GUCCGAAAAAUUCCCGAUACGAUUACAAGCUGGGUGCUGACGGCGUUCUCACUGCAUCCCGAAAAGGGCUUGGGCGUGACCAGCGACCAGCUGAAAAUUAAGACCUUCCAGCCAUUCUUUGUGUCCGUGCGUCUACCAUACUCAGUGAAGCGCGGCGAGGUGAUCAAUGUGCCCGCUCUGGUGUUCAACUACCUGCCCAAGCAGCUGGACGUGGAGGUGACUCUGAGCAACGAGGACAAUGAGUACGACUUUGUGGAUGUCUCCAACGAGGUCCUCGGCGAGCAGAAGCGCACACAGACGGUGCGCGUGGGCGCCAAUUCCGCAGCCGGCGCAUCCUUCCUUCUGCGUCCGAAAAUCAUUGGCAGCAUUCUGCUCAAAUUCACGGCCAUUUCUCCUCUCGCCGGAGAUGCGGUGCACAAGACCCUUAAGGUAGUGCCCGAAGGUGUGACGCAAUAUAAGAACCGUGCAUUCUUCGUCAACUUGAAGGAUGUGCACGAGUUCAAGGACAGCUUUGAAUUGGAUCUACCGGAGGAAAUUGUACCAGACUCGCAGCAUGUCGAAUUCGGUUUGGUUGGCGAUCUCCUUGGCCCAGUCAUCAAGAACCUAGAACGCUUGCUGCACUUGCCCAGCGGCUGCGCCGAACAGACAAUGUCCAAGCUUGUGCCCAACUAUUUGGUCUAUGAUUAUCUGAAGUACAUGAAGAAGUUAACUCCAGAGCUGGAGCAUCGCAUAAAGCGCAAUCUGGAGCAGGGAUACCAGAAUAUGUUCCACUACCGUCACAACGAUGGCAGCUAUAGCUCCUUUGGACCAGGCAAGUGGCGUGAGGAGGAUCCAGAGCGCAACGGUUCCACCUGGCUGACGGCCUAUGUACUGCGUUCAUUCAGCCAGAUUAGGGAUUUAAUAAAACUGGACGAGAAAAAACUGGAGAGUGGAUAUGAGUUUCUACUCAGCCGCCAGGCUGACAACGGAAGCUUCACGGAAAAUGGCGAAUAUUUCUACGGCUCGCAGCGUUCGGCCCUCACGAUAACCGCCAACGUACUUCUGGCUCUACUUGAGCAACAAAACCCUAAUCAAACGGCCAUUGAUAAGGCCGUAGCCUAUCUGACUGCCAACUCAAAUGACAAGGAAGAUCUAUUGCCCAGGGCCAUCGCCACCUACGCUUUGCAGAGGGCCAAGUCUCCAGAUGCCGCCAAGCAUGUG